GUGAAGAGGUUCUGCAAAAGCAAUUGUCUUUGCUGAAAGCAGAAAUAGGAUUCACAGAUCCCUAUGGAUUCCUAGACUUUUCUCUUUCACCCAUCACCAUUUUUAUUAUUAUUCUCUCAUUCCUUUUGCUUCUUAAACCAUCAUCCAGUUUGUUUCUCAUUACAGAUCCAUCGAUCCAUGAUAUGAACAGCAACAACAACAACUCAUUAUCACCGUUUUCUUUGAUACCCAUCAUGAAUUCAUCAGAUAACAGAACCAAACAACUCACCUUUGAUCAUCAAGGCUCGAUGAUGAUGAUGAUGAUGUCUACUACUAAUACCAAUUCAAACAGCCCCAAACUUGAAGACUUUCUUGGAGUUGGUGGUCCAACAACAAUGGCGGCGAAUAAUGAUAUUAUUGAAACAACAGAUCAAGCAUUAAGCUUAUACAAAUAUGGGAAUCUCGUUUGUUAUAAUUCAAACUGUGCAGGAAAUGGGGUUGGAGAUUUGAACACACUCAUAAGUUUGUCUAUGAAUGAUCCUCAAGCAAGUUCAUGCCUCAGUACUACCACUGCAAUUACUCCAAGACAGUUGUUGCUGACGUCAGCCAACAAUAAUGGCGGUUGUGACGAGGAUGAUGAUGAUGAUCAGAGCUUGGUGGCUAUGGUGAACAAUAACAAGAACAAGAGAUCGUUUGAUCAGAAAACACCCGGCCAGAAACAGCAAAUUGCAGUCCAAAGGAAGUCCAUUGACACAUUUGGUCAGAGAACUUCACAGUACAGAGGAGUUACAAGGCAUAGAUGGACGGGUAGAUAUGAAGCUCAUUUGUGGGACAAUAGCUGUAAGAAAGAAGGACAAACCAGGAAAGGGAGGCAAGUUUAUCUGGGAGGUUAUGAUAUUGAAGAGAAAGCUGCAAGGGCAUAUGAUCUUGCUGCUCUUAAAUAUUGGGGACUCUCCACUCAUAUUAACUUUCAGCUGGAGAAUUAUACACAUGAGGUUGAGGAAAUGAAGAACAUGACUAGACAAGAGUAUGUUGCCCAUCUCAGAAGGAGAAGUAGUGGGUUUUCAAGAGGAGCUUCUAUUUAUAGAGGAGUCACAAGACAUCAUCAGCAUGGGAGAUGGCAAGCUAGAAUUGGCAGGGUAUCUGGAAACAAAGACCUCUACCUUGGAACAUUCAGCACCCAAGAAGAAGCUGCGGAGGCCUACGACAUUGCGGCGAUUAAGUUUAGAGGGACAAACGCGGUGACUAACUUUGACAUGUCGAGAUACGACGUCGAUAAGAUAAUUGCCAGCAAUACUCUCCCAGCCGCUGAGCUAGCGAGGCGAGACAAUACGAAUGAAAUAGAACCAAUGACGACAACAAAACAAGUUCGGGCCGAGGGAAAUGACAAUAUGAGUCAUGAUAUCGCUGAUUGGAGGAUGGUGCUUUAUAAUCAGUCGAACCAAAAGAGCUGUGACCCAUCUGAAUUGAACGGUUUGGUUGGAUUGGAGCCAUUAGGUUUGAGCCAGCUAGAGCCUGACAAGCCCAUGACCAAGCUUGAUCAACAUUUUUCUGACCCUUCUUCGCUAGUUACUAGCCUAUGCAGCUCUAGGGAAGACAGCCCCAUAGACAAAACUCAUCCUUUCAUUGGAGCUGAUAAUUAUGGAAACAUAAGUUCAUGGUCUCAACCAGCUCCUCCCCAUAUAUCCAUUCCUCAUUACAUGCCGUUUUUCGCUGCAUGGAAUGAGUCAUAAGAAAUCGACGGUGGGAAGAAUUAAAGACGAGAUUGAACCGGAACAAGUCAUGAUGGUCUCGUCGUGCAAAAACUCUUGCGGUUAGUUUUGGAUUUUUGGGUGAAACCAAAAAAAAAAUGAAACUAGUUAGCAUUGUGAAAGAAGGAAGUACUAUAUCUAUCUAUUGUAAUCCAAAUUAAGAAACCCUUUUUGCUUCAUAUUCAUGAUGUGAAGAUUUUUGGGUGAGGAAAUGGGAAUGCUUUAAUCAUUAUGUUUUGUGGAAUAUUGCCUCCAUGCAUGCA